CAAACUUUUCUCUCGUUGUGUCAAUACUUUUGUCGUCCGUUUUUGCGGUCAACUCGUUAUCGCCAUCAGUGGUGAAGAAGUGAUCGGCGAGUGAUGGCCCGUGUCUUCUGUUGGGGCAAUACAUGCAAUGGAGAGCUGGGUUUGGGUGGCAUCGAAGACGAGCACAUCCUUCUGCCGCGCAAACAGAAAGUGGCGAUCGAUGGCCGCAAGUAUGCCAUCCGUCAGCUGUCGUCCGGUCGUAACCAUACGCUCGUACUGUUGGCCAACCCGUUGGACGACACGUCGCUUGUGUUGAGCUGCGGCUCCAAUGAGAGACACCAAUUGGGACGAGAGGGCAGUUGGCGUCGCUUCGACACCGUUGACGGCAUCGACAAACACGUGGUCGUGAGGCUGUGCUGCGGCGCCAACCACUCACUCGCCCUCACGUCCGCCGGACAGAUGUUCGGCUGGGGUUGUAAUCUAUUCGGACAGUUGGGAAUCGGUAAUAAAGUGGACGAAUCGGUGCCAAAGCCGUCGUUAGUGAAGAGAUUGGCCGCAGAAAUGGUGGUUCAGAUCGCUUGCGGCGGAAAUCAUAGUUUGGCGCUCACUAUAAACGGCAGUAUCUAUUCCUGGGGUUCCAAUGCUUUCGGACAGUUGGGAAACGGUGUGAAAGGCAACUGUGAGAACAGCCCAAUAGAGAUACUGUCUCUGCGAUCGGUUCCGAUCCGGCAAAUGUCUUGCGGUGGCUCUCAUUCGGCGCUACUUUCAUAUACGGGUGCGAUAUAUAUGUGGGGGAAGAAUGAAUUCGGUCAGUUAGGCCUGAAUGAUAUGCAAAACAGAUUAGUUCCCACCGUUCAGACCACUCUUCGGUCACAACGAAUCUCUUUCAUCGACUGCGGCGAAGAGCAUACGGUGGCGCUGACCGCCGAUGGCGGCCUAUUCUCGUGGGGCGCCGGUAUGUACGGGCAAUUGGGUCACGCGAAGAACAACAACGAAAUACUUCCCCGAAGAGUGUUUGAAUUGAUGGGAAAUGUGGUCACACAAGUGUCUUGCGGCCGAUGCCAUACGUUGGCCACCAUUGGUUCCAACGGCCGAUUGUAUUCGUUCGGACUGAACGGUUCCGGACAGCUCGGGAUCGGGACUCAAACGAGCAAAAGUGUGCCAAACCAUGUGUCGGGAAAGUGGGCGGAGUUGGGCGUGAAGGACGUCUGUGUCCGCAACGCCGCCGGUUCUCUAUUGCCGGUCGUCACUGAUAAUCAGUCAUCAAAUUCUUCGCCAAAGGCAUCGCGAAGGCGGCGAUCAAAGGCUAAGAGCCCUCAGAAGCCUAAGAGUCCGCCGAGACGUGGAGAAGACGACGACAGCUGUGAGAUGUCGAUCGACGAGUUGUCUGAUUGCGAUGAUAGCGACAAAGACAUCGCAGACAUGAUGUCUUCAGAUGAGGCCAUUAUUGAAGAGCCCGACGAAUACUCUAAAGAGACUGUAUUAAAACCAGGAUUUAUCUGUACUUCCGAUCUAAUAGUGUCCACAAAACCCGAUUCCAUCGAAAUCAAUGAAUACCAAUCGGAUCCCGACUCUGACAGUCAACUCAAUACAGAACGACAACAACUAGUCGUCAAAGAAAUUGUUGCCUCAAAAGGGGAUCAAAGUUUUGUAUUAGUUGUGAGAUUAAACGAUAACAACUAUCCGAUUGACUUCAGAUAUAACCAGAGUUUCGAUGAGAUUUACAAAUUGGAUACAAAAAGAUUACAAAAACUGAAUGAAACUCUUGAAGACAACAACAUAUCUUCUGAUGACAUCGACUAUAUCGAGAGCGCCUUCACCUCAAUCUCCUGCUGGAACUCGAGUUUCAUCGACGACAAGAUCACCGGUGACUCUGUCUUACCGUCGAUCGAUUGGAGUUCCGCGCGAACGGCCUUCGAGUUCAUUGAAAAGGCCAAAAACAGUCGAAUCAAAGAACUUAUUUAUCAAUCAAUACUUAAAGUAAUACCGGGUUUGCCGGACAUCGACGACGACAGCUCAUUGGAUCCGGAAGUGCUCCGAAUCUAUAUGUUGUUAACACUGUUUCAUCCGUUCAGAACUGACUACAAAAAUGCCGAAGCGAUGCGAAAACUGAUUUGUGGAUACAUGAGAGCCGUUCUUCGUUUGCACGACUCGGCCAGUGAUGUGAUUAAGCAAUGGUUCGGCCGAUUGGAGACCAAACACUUCCGUCAACUCAUUCAUAACGUUAAGAAUUAUAUGAAAGAAGUGUUUGAGAGUCAAAACAAUCAAAACAAAGAGUUUGAGAGCAGGUCUUCGGGUGCGGACGGAGCGCAUCAGCAGAGAGUAAUCGACUCCGAACUUCACGACACGUUAGGCCUGAGUCUUGACUUUUUGGCGCUUCUGAAUAAAGUGAACCAAAUGUAUAGCAAAAUCUCGUAUAAAGACUUCUAUAUAGAAAAUAUCAGUGAAAUGAUUGACGUGGAGAGGGAUUACGUUGAAUGGCUUGUGUACCGAUCGGGACAUAUGGGCCGAAUGGCUGGUCUCAGGCCUCUAUACCUGUGUAACUACGCCUUCAUCUUUGAUCCGCCGGCGAAGACACAGAUUCUGACCAUCGACUCGAAAAUACAACAAAACGAAGCGAUCGAGAACUCGGUCUAUAGGAGUCUUUUGCAACCGAUUAUAAUGGGAAACACACUUCUCGUUCAGACGCCGUAUUUAGUGCUGUCCGUCGACCGAAACAAUAUAUUACAGCAAACAAUAAACCAAUUGUGUUAUAAGAGUCAGAGUCACGGAAAUGACUUCAAGAAGCCGUUGAAAGUGAACUUUGAAGGCGAGGAAGCGAUCGACGCCGGCAUCGGUAUGAAGAAAGAGUUCUUCCUAUUGUUGAUGAAAGAGGUUUUGGACAAAAAGUACGGAAUGUUUUGCGAUUAUGACGAGACGAACAGCAUUUGGUUCAAUCCGGGCGACGGCGUCGACAACGACGAGCUCAUCAAUUAUAGCCUAAUUGGCAUUAUAUGCGGUCUCGCUAUCUAUAAUCAGGUCAUCAUUUAUCUGCCCUUUCCUUUGGUUCUCUAUAAGAAACUAUUGAACGAAAGCUUGCAUUUAGAAGAUCUCAAUUGUUUGGAUCCGAUUCUGACCAAAAAUCUUCGCGACAUUCUUCACACCACUUACUCGGAGGACGAGUUCAACGCUAUCUAUAGUGACCUGAACUUCACGAUUACGUUAACCUGUUUUGGAUCUGCGGUUGAGUUUGAACUCGAAAGCGGUGGCAAAAAGAAGACUUUGAAUUACAAUAAUAGGAAAGAUUACGUAAACCUGUAUUGGAAUUACAUUUUGAACGUUUCGGUCGAACAGAAGUUCAAGCAUUUUAAGGCCGGUUUUAAUCGAGUGUUGGAUUCGGGAGUGUUGUCUCUCUUCCACGCCGAAGAACUCAUGCAAUUAGUGUCCGGUCAGGAGGUGUUCGACUGGCAAGUGAUGCAAACAUCUGCCACCAAAUACAAGGAACCGUUCAGCGAAUCGCAUCCAACAAUCGUUAAAUUCUGGAAUGUCUUCCAUUCGCUAACCAAUGAACAGAAGAAGAAAUUCUUACUAUUCCUCACUGGAAGCGAUAGAAUACCUAUUCUUGGAAUGAAAGCUCUGAAUCUUGCGAUCCAACCCAUGAAAGUGAGUGAAGAGCACUUGCCGGUGGCGCACACGUGCUUCAAUGUCCUCGAUCUGCCCGAACACUAUUCCAACGAAGACAAGUUGCGGCACAAACUCCUUCAGGCCAUCGAAUGCAGUCAUGUCUUUGCUUUGGCAUAACAUGUCGUACAUUCAGAUGCACCACAUGUCACAACUAAUGGUGUCUAUCAAUAGAAUACAGGAAUACAUUAAUAUAAGUCAUUGAAAGUGAAUAUAAUUUAUGGAAUUAUAAAUAUUUUUUAAUUGUAUUAUAAAAAAGAAACAAAUAAUUUAUAUGAAAACGAGAUUAAUAUUUUUGGAUUGUAUUAAUGUUUGAACAGAUUUUUAUGAGUUGUUUACGAAUAUUAAUAAGUGCUGAAAAUGAUGUUAAAUAUGUUUAGGAUUUUUUAAUUUAUAAAUUCUAU